AUGAUGUUGAGAGUACAGAAAUCCUCUUCGGAAGGAAAGAACGACCCGCAAUAUAGAUUAGGUGCCCGGUCUUGUCUCGCAUGCCAUCGGCGCAAGGUCCGAUGUGACCGAGGAGUGCCUUGCACCAACUGUGCGAAGUGUGACUUUACCUGCGUCUAUCCCACCAAGGAUAAGGACAGAGAUGAGCAGAGAAGUCCAACUUUACAACGUAUCUCCGACCGUCUCGGACGAUUGGAAACCCUUCUUUCACACCUUGUUGAACCCCGCGCAUCUGUCUCCGCUGAACAACAAGUCCACGAUGCGCCGAUAUUCACACAAAGUCAACGGGAAAGCAAGCCCUGGGAGCUUUUACUGAAUGAUGGCAACAAUGUCCAGUAUGUGAACAACUCAAACCUGAGGGAUCUCCUCCAGAAUGAUGAGCGUAUAAAGUCCCAGCGCGCUUCCGGCUUAGAGUCAACGCCACAAUUACAAAACUACACAAGCACACACACCUCCCCCUCCCAGCCAGGCCUUUUGUCAAAUGCCGCCCCCAGCGUGCUGGAAUUUUACCCGGACUCACAUUUGGCACUUCAACUAUGGGCAUUGUAUGUCAAGUCUGUUGAUCCGGUGCUCAAAAUUCUUCAUAUACCCACGACUCAGUCUGCCGUCAUAGCGACAAUACUUGACCCCAAGUCUGCGAGCGCCUCUAUGGUUGCGUUGACAUUUGCGAUAUAUUUUGCUGCCAUCACGACACUAGAUCACUACGAUGGGCCGAUUGAGCUCCCCUUAGACAGACAUGCCCUGUUAAAGAAUUACAAGACCGCAUUGGACCGCCUUCUGCUUGUGACAGAAGUGAUGAAUCGGCCCGAGAUCCCAGUCUUACAAGCUCUCGCUAUUUACACUACAUGUCUACGUGUCCACGAAACAGGUCGUGGUGCGUGGAUCUUGAACGGUCUCGCAAUCAGACUAGCGCAGUCCGUAGGUCUGCAUCGCGACGGCGCAUCUCUUCGGCUCAGCCCGUUUGACACGGAGAUACGCCUUCGCCUAUGGUGGCAUCUAUGCGUUCUUGACUCUCGCGCUCCUGAAGACCAAGGAUUUGAGCUCACCAUCGACGUGCUUAAUCGAGGCCUCCGCCUUCCCCUAAACGUCGAUGACAACCAAUUAUUUCCGAGUAUGAAGCAGCUUCCGGUCGAAUCAAUCGGAUGGACCGAAAUGUCUUUCUUCCUUAUCCAAACGGAAUCAUGUCGACUAUUACAUCCAGUCUUGGGAACCCGGGAACUGUCCCCAUCGAAUGCUUUGUCUGAUCUCGCCACUAAAAGACAGAUGAUUCAGGAACAUACUCAGUAUGUAUCAUCGAAAUAUGGCGCCACCGCCAGAAGCACCGGGCAUCUACCUUUUCUUGCAUUGCAACAUUUUACCACUGCCUGCAAGAAGAUGGAGUUCAUGCUCCGACUCCGGGAGGAGAUCGACAUGCAGGAAAAGGAGGAUGCAGGUGAUGAGAUUGCAGAAGUCUCAAGGCCGUCGUUCAAACUUGCAUGCGAUGGUCUGGAAAGCAGUUCCAUCCUUCUGACCGGGGAGAUUUCCCUCGGUUUUAAGUGGUUGUUCACUACAUACGUGCCGUGGUAUGCUCUGGCUUAUGUCCUGCGCUGCCUAAGCAACAGUCCCUGUGGACCAAAUACGGACCGAGCCUGGGACUUGAUUGACAAAGUAUUUCCUCGCGAACUGAAUCUGAACGAACUGUCCACACCCGAAGAAGACGGAUAUAGCAGUAUCUGGAAAUGCCUUGCGUUGCUUCGAAAUCAAGCUCUAUCGUCAAGGAACUCCCAGCUAUCUGCGAAUGAUGCAAAUGCACCCGUUGAGCGUGUUGAUUCCCGGGACGACAGAACUGAGCAGGGUAUCAACGAGAACGAGCCGCCGCCGGCUUAUGCGUCAGCUUUUCCGGGCUAUGGAAUGAUUUCCGAGCAGGAACUUAUUCCGGAUCCUAGCCAAAAUAUCUUUUCGUCCUUCGACUUCUCCAUGUCUGGAGUACCGUACUUGCCGGAGUGGAAUGCAGUCAUACAUGGAUCCCUAAUGGAUGGAAAUGCCGCGGACAUGAUUGAAUAA